AUGGCAAAUCUACCUACAAAACAGAAACUGUGGGGUGGGAGGUUUACUGGUAAAACCGAUCCUCUCAUGCAUGAAUUCAACCAGUCGCUGCGAUAUGACCAGCGGAUGCACGCUGCAGACAUUCGUGGAUCCAUCGCAUAUGCAAAAGCUUUGACGCUUGUCGGGAUCUUGACCAAUGAAGAAGAAAGUAAGAUCGUAGACGGCUUGCAGAUGGUGGGCGAAGAAUGGCGGAAGGGCACGUUUAAGGUGCAGUCGGACGACGAAGACAUUCAUACAGCAAAUGAGCGCCGCUUAAGUGAACUCAUCGGCCCUCUAGGCGGCAAAUUGCACACAGGACGUUCGCGGAAUGACCAGGUGGCGACGGACAUGCGGUUGUGGCUUCUUCAAGAAGUUCAUGAGAUUGAAAAGGGUCUGAAGGGACUCAUUCGUGUAAUGGUCGAGCGUGCAGACAAGGAGCAGGAUGUCCUCAUGCCGGGGUACACCCACUUGCAGCGUGGACAACCCAUCCGAUGGUCCCAUCUUCUUCUCUCCCAUGCAUUUUCAUUCCAUGCCGAUCUGCAGCGUCUUCAGCAGUUGAUUCCUCGCAUUUCCGUCCUUCCUCUAGGGUGUGGUGCCCUGGCUGGCAACCCCUUCGUAGUAGACCGUGAAUUCCUCGCGAAAGAGCUCGGAUUCCAGUCUGUAGCAGAAAACAGUUUAUAUGGUGUAGGCGACCGUGACUUCAUUGUCGAAUUCAUGAUGUGGGCGAGUCUUUCCAUGACCCACAUCAGCCGGAUGGCGGAGGAUCUGGUCAUUUAUUCGACCGCAGAAUUUGGCUUUGUCACCCUCAGUGAUGCCUAUAGCACUGGCUCGAGCAUAAUGCCGCAAAAGAAAAAUCCUGAUUCAUUAGAGCUCUUGCGAGGGAAAUCUGGCCGUGUGUUUGGAAACAUGGCUGGUUUCUUGAUGACACUGAAAGGCCUUCCGUCAACAUACAACAAAGAUCUCCAAGAGGAUAAGGAGCCCCUCUUCGACGCCGUGGAUACAGUGUCAGCAUCUUUCAAGAUUGCAGAAGGUGUUAUUGCUACGAUGGAGAUACACGCCGACAAGAUGAGACAGGCGCUGACCAUGGACGUUCUCGCGACCGACCUAGCUGAUUACCUGGUGCGCAAAGGGAUCCCCUUCAGGGAGACACAUCACAUCUCUGGGCGGGCCGUCGCCCUGGCGGAGUCCCGAAAAUGCCAGCUAAGCGACUUGACGCUCCAGGACUACAAGAGCCUGAACGAGAAGUUCGGCGACGAUGUGCUGUCUGUGUUCGACUUUGAAGCGAGCGUCGAGAGGCGAGAGUCGAUUGGAGGGACGAGCCGAAAGAUGGUGGCGAGGCAGGUCCGCGUGCUCCGCGCCGCUGUGGACAACUGA